CCAAACCAUGAAUGUUCCUUCACCUUCCAUCUCUCUCUUAUUUCUGCUUUUUGUUUGUCUGUCAGAGACACAGAGAGAGAUUCGGGAAGCUUCUCCUUCUAGAAAACUUUUAUUUUGCAGAUGAAUGAAUCUAUUUGAUUCCGUCUUCCUACAUUAGAUUUUGUCAGACUUGUAUGAAUGAGAUUGAUUUGAAUUCCCUAUAGAAACCAAAAGAAGAAGAAGAAGAAAUGGGUGGGAAUGGGAAUGGGAAUGGGAAUGGAAAGAGGUUAUUGAGGAGAGUGGUGGGAAUGGGAUAUUGGGUGCAGGGAUUGAGGUGUUUGCCGUGGAUGGGAGUCGGCUUCUUUCUCAAAGACGGCCUCCGCGUGGAGCCCUCCACUCUCCAGCUCCUCCUGAACUCCGCCAACCUCCCCAUGGUCGCCAAGCCUCUUUACGGCGUCGUUUCUGACUCCUUCUACAUCUCCGGCCAGCAUCGCCUCCCUUACAUCGCUCUCGGCGCUUUCCUACAAGCGGUGUCAUGGUUGGCAAUUGCAAUCCUGGCUUCCCAGUCGGACAUCUCAAUCACCAGCAUCACCAUUUAUCUCCUCCUCAGCAAUCUCGGGGCUUCAAUCGCUGAGGUUGCCAAUGACGCCAUUGUGGCCGAGUCCAGUAAACAGCAGCACUCUGCUUCCUCCCAACGAUCAUCAUCCAGUGAGCUCCAAUCCUUUGUUUGGAUGGCUUCAUCUGCCGGUGGAGUCCUUGGGAACCUCCUAGGUGGUCUCAUCAUAGACCGAGUGUCUCCCCAGAAGCUGUUCCUCCUUUUUGGCCUCGUAGCUUCUCUCCAGUUUUUUCUAACCAUUGCAGUUGGGGAGAGCUCGUUGAACCUUCCAAAGAGCUCAUCUUCACCAUCGAAUGUGGGAUUCAGGAAACAGCUCUCUAGGCUCAGACUCGCCCUGGAAGAUCCAUCCAUCACGCACUCGCUAACAUGGUUUGCAGCAUCUUAUGCAGUAAUUCCUACACUUGCAGGCACAAUGUUCUUUUAUCAGACGCAACAUUUGAAGAUAGAUCCGUGGGUGCUGGGGAUGUCAAAGGUGAUGGGGCAGGUGGCGAUGCUGGCAUGGAGCGUGGUGUUCGACCGGUGGUUGAAGCAGGUGGCGCCGGGGAGAGUAAUUGCGGGAGUACAGGGGGCAAUGGCGCUGCUCAUGGUAUCGGACGCCUUGUUUGUCAAGGGGUUGUAUACAAGUGUGGGAGUAGCAGAUUGGUUGUAUGUAGUGCUCGUGUCAGGGGUGUUGGAGGCCAUGUUCUUUGUUAAGAUUCUUCCCUUCAGCCUGCUGAUGGCGAGGGUCUGCCCUGCAGGUUGUGAGGGCUCGCUGAUGGCGUUGAUGGGGUCAGCCAUAGCGUUGGCGCUCAUACUCAGCGGCUAUCUUGGAGUUGCUCUCGCUGCCGCCUUCGUUGGGGAUGAUUUCUCUGGCUUCCCUAGAGCCCUCCUCAUUCAAGCGGCCUGCACGCUAUUGCCACUUUAUUGGUCACCACAUUCUAUUCCUGAUCCUGAUGAUGAUAGACGACAGAUUUCGUCCAAAGAGGAAUAGCAAGUAGAAAUGCUUUUUGUGGUGGCUUGGCUUGUGUGAGAGUAUACUUUUUCUUUCCUUCUUUUCCGAGAAAAAAAAAACACUAUACUUUUACAGGCAAAAGAAGAAGACUGGAAUUUAAGUGAUGCCUUGAGAAGCUGGGGUCAUCGGGGACUUUGACUGACGAAUUUUGGACCUACAACCUCUGUAACAGUUUGUUUUUGUUUUAAUUGAAUAAGGAAUCAUGACAGAAAAAGAAGGAAAAAAAAAAAACCAUUUUAAUAAAAGUAUUCCGCAGUGAGAGUUCAAGUUCAA